AUGAAASUYAUUAUAUUAUUUUUAACAUUUUUAAUAUCUAAGGGUAACAGUGCCCGCAAUGGAAUUGCACUGUUCAAUAAUACGGCCAGUGGUAUACAGGGAGCCAUAACAUUGCACUACAAUACCGGUUUGGGCUCAUAUCUUAUGGGUCAGCUGAGGAAUAUUAGCUGUUUGAACGGAACAUCGGCCACAAAUAAUCCAAAACAGGCYUCACUUAUCAAUUCMUGUAUGCUUGGCAUCAGUAUUAACAAUUGGMGRCAUAUAACAAUUGAAGAUAAUAAGGCGGCGCCGGGCGAACACAUAUUAUUGCCUGACGGACACUCCGAUCAAUGGGAAUGGCGUCAAAUGUUAUUCAACUUUUCAAACAUACGUUUACCAAAUAUUCGCGAGAUUUUUAGUCAACCAUUAAAUCCAUUGCAAAGUAUUUUUCCGAUGUUUACCACCGAAGAACCGUCUAUUCGUGAAACUAACGGCGCCAACAAUACAUGUGCUAAUGUGGGAAACGUAUAUAAUCCUCGACGCAAUAUAAUGUCGGGUCCAUUGGGACUGUUAUCCCCACCAGGAGUUAUGGGAAAUAUAUUGGUUAGCAAUGGAACUGGAUCUUUAUUGAUGGGUCCACUGGAACUAUUGACUGCCGGACCUCUAAAACUUUCUGGUAAAUCAUUGGUAGUUUGGAUGGACGCUAUGCAGCCUAUGAUCAAUGGCACCWCAGGUAUCGGCUUACAGACCGGUCCUAAUAAUAGGAUUCUCGAUUGCGCUACUAUUCAGCCAAUUAAUUAA